AUGGCUCAGUUUAACGCAGAUACAUUUUUGGAGGAAGACCUUACACUCGUUCGCUUGCGUCAGCUGCGUAAAGAUGAUCUGAUAGCGGUUGGACGAAAAAUGUCGCUAGAUCUUUCGGGUUUGAAGACUAAGGCAGAGCUAUUUUCUGCUAUUGCGGCCCGCGCAGAAUUGAUGCCUGAAAGUGUGAGUGGUGAUUCUGAUGAUUGUGAUGACAGAACUAAACUUGACAGUGAUGGGGUACGGCUUGCACUGGCUCAGAUUGAACUAGAAGAAAGAAGAGAUAGGCUGAGAGCUGCUGAGCAUGAGAGGGAAAUGGAAAGGAAGCGACUGGAGUUUGAGAUGAUGCGUCAUAGUGAAAUGGUGUCUCAGAGUGGGCAGUUGGGUGAGAGAGAGAAAAGGUCGAUGGAAGCUGGGUUCUCUGCCAGGGUAAAGCUUAUUCCACAGUAUGAUGAGACUGAUUUAGACUCGUUCUUUCUUUUGUUUGAGAGGGUGGCUAGAAAAAUGGAAUGGCCUGAAAGUGACUGGGCUUUGCUCAUUCAGCAAGUCAUUUCAGGCAAGGCACAGUCUGUCGUGUCUGCAUUGAGCUAUGAUCAUGCUUUUGAUUAUUGGAAAAUGAAAGAUGCCAUCCUUCAGGCAUUUGAGCUAGUCCCAGAGGCAUACCGUCAGAUGUUUCGUGAUCUCAAGAGGGAUCCUGCAGAGACUUGUGUUGAGUUUGCACGUCGCAAAGAGGUUGCAUUUGAUAGAUGGAUCCGGUCUCUGAGAAUUGAGAUGACAUAUGAAUCACUGCGUGAGGUUGUUUUAAUUGAUGAGUUCACAAGAUGCAUGUCCCGUGAUGUUAAAACAUACAUGAAUGAUCAUGCUGUUGUUAGUGUCAGAAAUGCAGCAAUGUUGGCAGAUGGGUAUGAAUUGUCACAUAGAAGUAGCGCGUCGCAGCUUCAACCUCCUAGUCCGUUAGCGAGUGGUUUUGGUUGGAGUAGGUCCGAGACAUUACAUAAGGACGUGGAGAGGUCAAAGUCACCAAAGAGUAAGUUGAGUGGUGGUAGCCAGUCUAAUGGUUUUAGACCAGAGGGCAGGUUGUUUUGUGCAUACUGUAAGAAGGAUGGGCACCUUAUUUCUCACUGUCAGAAACUAAAGGACAAGAAUACUGGUCAGAAUAAAGUCCAGGCCAGCGGUUUUGUUCGGCCGGCUACGGUUUGUGUGGGAGACCCUGUGUGUGUUGAUGGGGUGAAGCACAAGUUUCAUGAUGGGGUGGAUGAAGGAUACAAGGAAUUUAUUUCUGAUGGCACGGUGAAGUUCACUGUUGAUGGUGAAGAAUUUCCUGUUGUGAUUUUGAGAGAUACUGGCUCUGUUCAGACGUUAUUAAUUGCUGAUGAGUCAUCCUUGGAAUCUUGUUUCACGGGCAUGAGAACUCUGAUCCAAGAUGUGAAUGAAGGUUUCAAAUCUGUUCCUCUGUAUGAUGUAGAACUUUGUAGUGGGCUGGUUUCUGGGAGAGUGACAGUUGGCAUUGUUUCUCGAUUGCCUAUGAAGGGAAUCACAAUGCUGCUUGGCAAUGAUUUGGCUGGAGGUAAGGUGCAGCCAUCUACUGUUUUGAGUGACGUGCCGGUAGUGGAUUCCAAGACAGAGGCUUUGAAAACAGCUAUCCCGGGUAUUUUUCCAUCUUGUGCGGUUACCAGGGCACAGGCUAUGGCAGGGCGAGAUGAGAGAGAGGUUGAACAUGGUGGUGACAUAGAUUUAGGGGAUACAGUUUUUAGAGAUCUGAGUGAGAGUAUGAAUAGUCAGUCUGGUGAUGAUAGGACUAUUUUCAGCCAGCCUGCCUUGAUUGCAGCCCAACAGUCAGCUGCGGACUUGAAAGGUUUGUAUCGUGUUGCUCUGACAGCAGGAGAGGCAGAGAAGGUCUCACAGUGUUAUUACAUUAAGUCUGGUGUGUUGAUGCGGAAAUGGUGUCCUCCUGGUCGCCCAGCUGAUGAAGAUUGGGUGGCCGUGGAUCAGGUUGUUGUCCCGCCUCAGUAUCGAGCAGAGAUUCUAAGGUUAGCUCAUGAUAUUCCCCUUGCUGGACACCUAGGUGUGAGGAAGACAGUGGCCAGGAUUAGGGCCCAUUUCUACUGGCCUGGGCUUAGGAAGUGUGUGUCUGAGUAUUGUAAGUCAUGUCAUGUCUGUCAGGUGGUGGGCAAGCCACAACAUCACAUCAAGCCAGCCCCACUUAUUCCAAUUCCUGUUUUUCCUGAACCAUUUAGCCGUGUAUUGAUAGAUUGUGUUGGCCCAUUGCCAAAAACCAAGGCAGGUUAUCAGUACUUGCUUACUGUCAUGGAUUCAACCACACGCUUUCCAGAAGCUUUUCCAUUGAGGAACAUUAAGGCUAAGACAGUUAUUGAUGCCCUCUUGGUGUUUUUCACACGCUAUGGACUCCCUCAAGACAUCCAGUCGGAUAGGGGUUCUAAUUUCACAUCUAGUGUAUUCCAGGAAGUGAUGCAUCAAUUAGGAAUCAAGCAGGUGAACUCAUCACCUUACCACCCACAGUCGCAGGGUGCCCUUGAGAGAUACCAUCAGACCUUAAAGACAAUGAUCAAGUCUUACUGCUCUGAGAACACUGGAGACUGGGAAAAGGGUAUUCCUUUCCUCUUAUUUGCUUCUCGUGAUACUCCUAAUGAAUCUACAGGAUUCACCCCAUUUGAGCUUGUGUUUGGCCAUGAGCCAAGAGGUCCUCUCAAGGUAGUGAAGGAGCACAUGUUGUCAGAGUCUGAGGUGGAGAGUGGGAAUGUGCUAGAUUAUGUGUCACAAUUUCGCGAAAGACUCUUGAGGGCGUGUGAACUCGCGGGGGAACAUUUGAGGUCGUCUCAAAGGGUAAUGAUGGCCCGUGCAGAUAAGAAGGCAGAACCUCGCUCAUUCGAGCCUGGUAGCAAAGUCCUUGUGUUACUGCCCAUUCAGGGUGAACCUCUCAGAGCUAAGUUCAGUGGGCCAUAUGUGGUAGAGAAGAACUUGGGUAAGGAAACCUAUCUUGUGAGUACUCCAGACAGGAGAAAAACAAAGAGGGUUUGCCACAUUAAUAUGCUGAAGAAGUAUUAUGAUCGUGACGAGGUGGCGACAGUUGCUGUUGUUUGUGAAAAGGCAGCAGAACAUAUUCCUGGAGAACUUGAAAUCCCAGUGGAAGCGGAGAUUGGUGAAGGGAUGUCUGGAAAGGUGAAUAAUUCACAUGUGAUGGCUAAUCCCUCAAAGAUAUUGGGUCAUCUAUCAGAUUUUGAACAGCAGGAUGUAGUACAAAUACUUCUUGAUUACCCUGAAGUAUGUGGAGAUAAGUUGGGAUAUACCGGAGAGGCUAUUCAUGAUGUUGAUGUAGGCGAUCAUCUGCCUAUUAAACAACAUCCCUACCGUUUGAAUCCAAGAAAGAAGAGCCAAGUGCGGAAGGAACUUGAGUAUAUGCUUGCAUGUGGUGUCAUUGAGCCUAGUCAGAGCUGUUGGAGCUCACCUGUAGUUCUUGUUCCAAAACCAGAUGGGAGUCAGCGUUUUUGCAUUGACUACAGGAAAGUUAAUGCUGUAACAAAACCUGACUCGUUUCCGCUACCUCGUAUUGAGGAUUGCAUUGAUCAGAUUGGCAAUGCAAGGUAUAUCACAAAGCUGGAUCUGAUGAAAGGUUAUUGGCAGGUGCCAUUAACAGAGAGGGCAAGGGAAAUCUCUGCAUUUGUUACCCCGCAGGGGUUAUUCCAGUGUCGGGUUAUGCCCUUUGGCAUGCGGAAUGCUCCAGCGACAUUUCAACGGCUCAUGAAUUGUGUAAUUGCAGGACUUGACAAUGUUGUAGUAUAUCUUGAUGAUAUUCUAGUAGUUAGUGAUACCUGGUCAGAUCAUCUAACUUGCUUGAGAGAUGUGUUUGUCAGAUUGACCAAGGCGGGACUUGUUGUGAAUUUGUCAAAGUGUGAAUUUGCGCAGGCGACAGUUACUUACUUGGGUCAUGUAGUAGGGCAUGGAUGCGUUGCCCCACGAGAGGCAAAGGUCCAAGCUAUUGUGGAUUUCCCUGCCCCUUCCACAAAGAAGGAGGUGAUGAGGUUUCUGGGCAUGUGUGGAUUUUACCGCAAGUUUGUUCCUAAUUUCAGUGACAUUGUUGUUCCUCUUACAGAUCUUCUCAAGAAGGGGACUAAGUUUGAUUGGACCAAACCCUGUGAGAUUGCCUUUCAGAAAUUGAAAGCUGUUCUGAUCUCAAAGCCUGUGUUGCAGGCUCCUAAUUUUGAGCAUCCGUUCCUACUGGCCACUGAUGCAAGUGAGGUAGGAGUUGGUGCAGUUCUCCUUCAGUUGGAUGAAGAGGGUUUCAUGAAACCUGUGAGCUACUUUUCGAAGAAGCUUGAUGUACACCAGCAAAGAUACUCUACGGUAGAGAAGGAGUGCCUAGGUCUGGUGCUGGCAGUUCAACACUUUGAUGUGUAUUUGAGUAGCUGCCCCGAUGUGACCGUUUUCACGGAUCACAAUCCACUAACCUUCCUCGAAAGGUUUAGGAACAAGAAUCAGAGACUGUUCCGUUGGAGUCUGUUUCUUCAGCCUUAUGGGCUGAACGUGACUCAUAUCAAAGGAAAUGACAAUGUUAUUGCGGAUACGCUUUCUAGAGUUUAG